AUGCGGGUAUUCCCAGUCUUCGGAGGUGGUGUGGGAGACAUCAUGGCCUCUAGCUCCUGCUCAAGAUUCCGGGGCGAUCCGGCCAUCGGCGCCGACAUGGCCGCGAUGCGCGCCUUCUUGGCGAACCCCAGCGCGCCCCCCCGGCUGUACGGCUUCAGCUGGGAGGACGGCUUCGUAGCGCCCUGGGUCGCCUGCAGCGACGCGCCCCUGGACGAGGCGCUGGCCGAGCUCCGGCCCACCGAGUUGGACCUCGUCGCAGACCUGGGCUGCGGCGACGGCAGGGUGCUGGCGCGCGCGGUGGAGAGGUCGGGAUGCCGCGCGCUCGGGGUGGAGCUGGACCCCGCCCUGCUGGAGAAGGCAGAGGCCCUGCUGUCUGAGCGUCUGCCGCCCGCGCUGCGUGGACUCGUUGAGCUUCGGCAGGGCGACCUCUUUGAGGAGGCUGACGCCUGGUCGGCCGUGGCCUGCGCCGGGGACGGCGUCGGCGAGGGCCAGGGCGGGCCGCUGCCGACCAUCGUGCCCCCCCCCUCGGUGCUCUACCUGCUCGGGGACGCCCUCCGCCGGCUGCGCGGGCCCCUGGAGCCGCUGCUCGCCACCGGCGCGGCGGUGUGUACGCUAGGCUGGGAGCUGCCCGGCUGGCCCCACUACGAGUCCGCCCGCGGCCAGGGCUGGUACGUCUACCGCGCGCCGUCGGCGGCGGGCGGGGCGCCGGCUCACGACAACAACGAAGCCUGCGCAGUUGGCAGCACCAAGCGGGCGAGGCGGCAGCGCGGACUCCAGCUGUACUCCAUGCAGAGCGUGGACACCGUAUUCACGCUCGCGCGGGCGCAUAUCGAGGACAGGUGGACCAGGACUUGGGACAAGGGCCUUCUCUUGUUCUCGCAGCUGCGGAAGGAGGACCCGAACUUCCGCCACGGCUGCAGCCCCGAGGGCGGCGCCGAUCCCAGCGGCAGGUUCGCGGAGGGCCACCGGCGGCUGGCGCGCAUCGCGUACACCGCAUCCCUGACGCUCGAGUCGCCAUGGGGGGAAGCGCGCGGCGGGCCGGCGCGCGCGGCGGGCCGGCGCGCCGCGGCGGCGGCCGGCCGGGGGUGCUUCGCCAUUUUCCGGCUCUCGGGCGUGGCGAGUGGGGGCCGCCCCUUUUGA